AUGCCUCGUGAGGUCGCUGAUAUCAAGAAGUUCAUCGAGAUCUGCCGUCGGAAGGACGCCUCCUCCGCGCGGAUCAAGAAGAACAAGAAGUCCAACAAUGUCAAGUUCAAGGUCCGCUGCCAGACCCAUCUCUACACCUUGGUCCUCAAGGACACCGACAAGGCCGAGAAGUUGAAGCAGAGCCUGCCUCCCAACCUGUCCAUCUCCGAGGUUGGUAAGAAGAACUAA